AUGUCUCAUAACCGCCGUGAUGAAGAAGCUUCUCCUUUGCUUGCUGGAGUAAGCCAACCACAAGAAGAUUGCAGUCAAAAAUGGAAUCGUAUUAGACGAGAGUAUCGUGUCCAUUUUGGCGCUGGCUGGAUCACCACCAUUGCUGUAACAGCUCUUAUUACUUAUUUAUGGAAUGCCAAAAAGGAAUUCCCACCAGAUAUUUGCACUUCAGAUCGUGAGCGAACUUCUGCUAUUAUUUUAUCAGUGUUUUUUGGUUCAUUAGGUGCUGAUCGAUUCUACCUGGGAUACGUUUUGCUGGGAGCACUCAAGCUGAUCACGGGUGGUUUAGGUGGUAUUUGGUGGACGGUCGAUUUGGUUUUGCUUGCCAUGAAUGCAAUUACAGAUAAGAACGGCUGUCGCCUUGUGUAA